AUGGCCCGCAGUUUAAGAUCACAAACCAAAAAGAGAUUCCGAGCUAUUAAGCGGGAAAAUGUAUUCAAGCCAGUUGAAGAUCUGCGACUUCAACGAUUAGCUGAAGCACAAGCCAAAGCAGCCGAUAAACCCAAGGUUGGCGAUCACAUGGAGGAGGAAAAGCUGGAUUCCGGUAAUACAAUGGACACUACCGACGAAACCAAAAAGAUCUCGACGGGUGGUGCUCGUAACAACAAAGUGGCUCGCAAGUUGGCCAAAAAGAAGGCAAAGAAGGCUCAUAAGCCAAAGUCGACCAAGAACCUCUUCUAA